AUGACAGCUACUAGCGGUAUUGAAAAACUUAAAGGUACAUGGGAAUACGUCGAUGGUGAACAUUUCGAUGAUUAUAUGAAAGAAAUUGGUGUCGGUUUUGCUCUUCGUCAAUCAGCUAAAUUGAUUAAACCAAAAUUAAUUAUUAAAGAAAGUGAUGGUAAAUGGUCAUUGAAAAGUGAAUCAACGCUUAAAACGGCACAAUAUGAAUUUACACCUGGUGUUGAAUUCGAUGAAACUCGUCUUGAUGGUGAAAAUGUUAAGUCCGUUAUCAAAUUUGAAAAUGAUAAAUGGGUUCAUACAAUGCGUGAUAAGAAUGGUAAAGAAUCGACAAUUGUACGUUAUGUUGAUGGACAAGGACAACAACAAAUUGAGAUGAAAGCUGGUGAUGUCACAGCUCGUCGUUGGUACAAACGUGGCGAGUAG